CCCCAAAAUCAUUAACAUUUCAUGGUUUGAACCUUUGGGUUGGGUUUGUAACAAAGGAAAGCCGCAAAUCACACACACUUCCCAAAUCACACAGCCGCAAAACCCUUCGACCCUAAAACCCUCCCUCCAUUUCUUCCCCCCUGCAAUCCUCAAAUCACUCGAGUUUCUGCACUCAUUGCUAACAAUAUGUCUUCAUUUCAAUCAUAACCUCCAAAUUAAAAAAACCCUAAAUCACAAAACCCCCAUUUUCUUCAUCUUGUUGAUUGAGGUUUUGAGUAAUUUCUACCAUGUCUGCCGCAUCUAGAGGCUUAAUUUCUCGGCUGAAAACGGUGUUAAUCCCACAAAGAACACUAACCCAGUUCAGAAAUUUUAGUUCUGAGAUUCUAACACCUCAAAAUGAAGUUAUUCGACCCAGAAUCAUUGAACCAAAACCUGGUGUUAUGACCAAACAAUCUAAAAGAACUGGGGCAAUUGCUAUUAAAUGUGGGAUGACUGCGCUUUGGGAUAAAUGGGGUGCUCGUGUUCCCAUUUCUGUUCUUUGGUUUGAUGAUAAUAUUGUUUCCCAAGUUAAAACUGUUGAGAAAGAAGGCUUCUUUGCUCUACAGGUUGGUUGCUCGCAUAAGAAGGAGAAACAUUUGACAAAACCUGAAGUGGGUCACUUUAGAGCACAAGGGGUUCCUAUGAUGAGGAAGUUGAAGGAGUUUCCAGUGACAGAAGAUGCACUUCUUCCUGUUGGUACGUCAAUUAAUGUACGACAUUUUGUUCCUGGACAAUACGUGGAUAUCACUGGGAUCACAAAAGGGAAGGGAUUUCAGGGUGUAAUGAAAAGGCAUCAUUUUCCGGGGUUGCCAGCAUCACAUGGUGUGUCAAAGGCCCAUCGGAGUGGUGGUUCCACAGGUCAAAGGGAUGCUCCUGGAAAAGUUUUCAAAGGCAGAAAGAUGGCUGGGCGCAUGGGUGGCAAACAGCGGACAGUGAAAAAUGUUUGGGUUUAUAAAAUAGACCCCAAGAGGAACUUAAUGUGGGUUAGAGGCCAAGUCCCUGGUGCUGAAGGAAACUUUGUGUUUGUAAAAGACGCUUUUUAUGAGAAACCUGAUGUCUCAACGCUUCCUUUCCCAACUUACUUUUCACCAGAAGACGAAGAUGAAGAUUCAUUAGAACCUAUAACUGUGGAUUUAGGAGAAUUAGAUCCAUUUAUGGCAGCUGAUUAAUUGGCGUGCUAAUUCAGAAUAUCUGUAGAACUCUGGUCUUUCUAUGCCUGGGAAAUGCCUAGGAGUUUUUUGUUCUUAUAUAUAGAGGGAUAUGGUCAAGUAUGUUUCGAGGUUGGGUUGUGUUUAUUUUGAUUUGGUGCUGGAGCUAGUGUUCUCCAAACAUUACGGUGUUAGCCUCAUAUUUAUUUGGCAGAGCUCGAGACCAGAAUGUGACAAGAGUAAACUAUGUUAUUGUGUAAACUCUGUUCAAAUAAACUGUUGAACUACUGAAUGUUGAACAUUGUAAUUCAUCAUUUAGAGUUCAAAAUACUUUUUGUUGCCUUUUCUGGUAAAAAAAAACUUGUCUUUUGUUUUA